AUGAAUUCAAAUAAAUUGAUCUUCAUUACAAUCAUUUUAAUAAUUCUUCUUUGUUUGAAAAACAAUUACAUAAUUCAACAAUGUGUGGAUUUAAUAUCACCAAAAACUAAACCUCAAAAAUAUUUGUUGAGUGUAUCAGCAAUAGCUUCUCAAUAUGAAAGUUUUUUAAAGAUUUAUGAUAAUUGUUGGGCUAAUAAUGGUCAAUUUAUAAGUAAAAAUUGUAUAAAUAACUUACUGAAACAGAUAUCGAUAUGGUCGAUUUCACUAGUAGCAUUAGAUUAUUUCAAUAAACAAUUUCAUAAAGUGGGAAAUUUACAUAAAUUGGAGAGUUUAUAUAAAGAGGAAAAUUUAUAUAAUGCUUUUAAAAAUGAUUAUAAAUCUGUACAAUUUGGUGAUGCUAAAGCUUUAGUAUUAACAAAUGGAAUAGAAAAUAAUAAUGGAACUGAAUUUAUUAUUAAUGUCGAUUCAUUCAAUAAACAAGAUAACAAUGACAGUGAUGAAAAUUCAAUUGGUAUUUCAUAUACUCCAAAUUUUAAACAAGAUUAUGAUUUGGGAAAAGUUGGAUUAUUAUUAUUGGGAAUUGAUGAUUUUAAUUCUAGAUUUAAUUCAUUAAUUCCAAUGACUUUAAUUGAAGCUCAUAAUAAUGGAACAUGGAUAAUUCUGACUAUGAAAGAAAUGGACAAAAAUGACAAUUCAAAUCCUAGUUUCUCAUCAAAAGAGAAUUUAAAGUGGUACAUUAAAAAUGAUGAAAAGUACAUAAACCGUAAAUCUUAG